AUGGAUAAUCUGACGAAUAACGCUAAUACUUUAUCGACAUUCGAUGAUGAGUCAAGUCUAAGACGACGUAUUAUAACAAUUCUAUUAUUAAUAACAUUUUCUAUACCGUCACUGAUCUGUUUUCUCUCGAUAUUCUAUCAAUUUAUUCAAUUACGUAAAGUAUUGUUAUUUGAUCGAAUUAAUCAUCAUGUUAUAUUGUGUAUAUUAAUUUGUGAUUUUCUUUUGAUAUCAACUGAACUACCAUUUUCAUUAGUCUAUCUUUCUCUGGGUCAUGUUCCAACUAUAAAACUUUGCACAUUUUGGAUUUAUUGGGAUUACACGCUUGAAACCACGUCUUUAUUUCUAACUAUGUAUGCUUCAAUUGAACGUUAUUUACUGGUAUUCCAUAAAGAACGUUUUAUAAAACGAAAAAUUUUAUGUCAUUAUAUACCUUUGACAAUUGCUUGUCUUUACAUUCCUACUCUAUACGUCUAUUUUAUUGUACGCUUUCCAUGCACCGAAUAUCAGCAGUAUAAUCUAACUCAAUUUGCCUGUGGUGGUGCUUGUUAUGCAUAUGCUUUUAUUGAAACAACAUACGAUACCAUUGCUAAUACAAUGAUACCCAGUUUUCUUCUGUUAAUUUUUAAUCUACUGAUGAUCAUGCGUGUGAUUUUACUGAAAAGAAAAAUGUCUCCCACAUCUUCAUUGUCAUCGAAUACAUGGAAAAAAAAUCGCCGUAUGAUUUUACAGUUAUUAUCAAUUAGUUUAACAUGUUUAAUAGCAUGGAUGCCGUGGGUGGUGAUCAUAUUUGUACAAGAUUUUUAUGAUUCAUCGUUUGGUCAGAAUUUUAUAACCGUCGUUCUUCAUUAUUUACCAUAUUUUACAAGUUUUCUUUCACCAUUUCUUGCACUGAUCGGUUUAAAGGAAAUACGGCAAAAAUUAAGAGUGAAACGAUCGACUGCUACCCCGAACUCGAUUUCUGCAACAGCAGAAACAGCCAAAAAUCAGAAGAUUUUGGCAUUAAAUCAAUUAUCCCGUUUUUAA